AUGAAACUUUCUUCCGCUUUAGCUUUAUCCGCUGUUGCCGCUGCCGCGCUUGGUGAGAGUGUUACCACUACCAUUACUGCUACCAAGAAUGGUCACGUCUAUACUAAGACUGUCACCCAAGAUGCCACCUUCGUUUGGACUGGUGAAGGUGAUUAUGGAGCCGCUGCGACAUCUGCUCCAGUGGAAGCCUCUGCUGCACCUGUUGCUGAAACUGCCUCUGCUGAUGAAGGCUCCGGCUCUAGUAUCACUAAGGUGAUCACCGCCACUAAGAACGGUAACGUCUACACCAAGACUGUUACCCAAGAUGCCACCUUCGUGUGGACCGGUGAAGGUGAAUAUGCCGUUGCGACAUCUGCCCCAGCGGAAGCCUCUGCUGCACUUGUUGCUGAAACUUCUUCUGCUGAUGAAGGCUCCGGCUCUAGUAUCACUAAAGUGAUCACUGCCACUAAGAACGGUCACGCCUACACCAAGACUGUUACCCAAGAUGCCACCUUCGUGUGGACCGGUGAAGGUGAAUAUGCCGUUGCGACAUCUGCCCCAGCGGAAGCCUCUGCUGCACUUGUUGCUGAAACUUCUUCUGCUGAUGAAGGCUCCGGCUCUAGUAUCACUAAAGUGAUCACUGCCACUAAGAACGGUCACGCCUACACCAAGACUGUUACCCAAGAUGCCACCUUCGUGUGGACCGGUGAAGGUGAUUAUGGAGCCGCUGCGACAUCUGCUCCAGUGGAAGCCUCUGCUGCGCCUGUUGCUGAAACUUCUUCUGCUGAUGAAGGCUCCGGCUCUAGUAUCACUAAGGUGAUCACCGCCACUAAGAACGGUAACGUCUACACCAAAACUGUCACUCAAGAUGCCACCUUCGUGUGGACGGGUGAAGGUGAACGUACCCCUGCUGAAACAUCUUCUAUUACUGAAGCCUCUACUAUUUCUGAAGCCUCUUCUACUACUGAAGGUUCUUCUAUUACCGAAACUCCUUCUUUUUCUAAAUCUUCCAAUGCUGCGGCUUCUAAAGUUAGAACUUCUUCUAUUGUUGAUGCCUCUUCUGCUGCUGCAACAACGGCUUCCGAAAUUCCCGCUGCUGAAUCAUCAAUUAUCAAAUCAUCUGCUACCUCUGCUAUUCAACCUUCCUCUGCAUUUGUUGCUGAAACUUCUUCUGCUCGUGAAGGCUCUGGUUCUAGUAUCACUACCGUUAUUACUGCCACUAAGAACGGUCACGCCUACACAAAGACUGUCACUCAAGACGCUACUUUUGUGUGGACUGGUGAGGGUAGCAACAGCUGGGCACCAACUUCUUCCGCCAGCCCAGAAGUUGAAUCUUCCGUUGCCAAAGUCCCAACCACCACUGUUGAGACAUUGGCUAAUGCUAAAUCGUCCACCACUGCUCAAGUCAUAAACUUUACUGGCGCAGCUGAUUCUAUCACUGCUGGUACUGGUUUGAUAGGCGCUGCCCUCGCUGCUCUUAUCUUCUUGUAA